UUAUCUCCUUCAUCCCCUCCAAUCCUCAUCUGCUCUUCACUGUUGGAGGAAGCGAGACAGAAAGAGAGAGUUUUUUCGGAGGCAGGAGCCAGCGAGCAGCUCGAGCUUCCUGCGACGGUGGAAUCUAAAAAAGAGAGACGCUGAGCUCAGAGGGGAAACUGCUGAAGAAGAAGAAGAAGAAGAAGAAGAAGAAGAAGAGAGAGGGACCACAGUGUGUGUGUGUGUGGGAGAGAGAGACAGAAGUAAAGGCUCAUUUUCCGCUCAUAACAUCCCCUAACAACCGCCGCCAUGGCAGCUGAGAAGGCUGAAAUAGAUGCACUGAAAAAGGAGUGCGAUGGCCUCCGCACAAAGAUCGAGGCGGCCCGUAAGGCUGUGAAUGACAGCACUAUGACUGACGCGGCAGGAGGCGUCGACACUGUGGGUCGAGUGCAGCUCAAACUCAGGAAGACGCUCAAAGGUCACCUGGCCAAAAUCUACGCCAUGCACUGGGCGGCUGACUCCAGACAAAUGGUCAGCGCGUCACAGGACGGCAAGCUGCUCAUCUGGGACACGUUCACAGGAAACAAGCUGAUCGCUGUGCCUCUAAAGUCGGCGUGGGUGAUGAGCGUGGCCUUCGCUCCCUCUGGUAACCUGGUGGCCAGUGGAGGUCUGGACAACAUCUGCACCGUCUACAACAUCAAGUCUGCCAGCCCCAAGACGCUGAGAGAGCUGGACGCACACACAGGUUAUCUGUCCUGCUGCCGUUUCCUCAGUGACUCUGAGAUCCUGACCGCCUCUGGUGACACCACCUGCUGCCUGUGGGACCUGGAGACCGGCAAACAGAAGAUCAUCUUCACCAACCACAUCGGGGACUGCAUGUCUCUGGCUCUGUCCCCCGAUGGCAACACCUUCAUCUCUGGAGCCUGUGACUCUCUGGCCAAGCUGUGGGACCUGAGGGAAGGAACAUGCAAGCAGACGUUCAGCGGACACACCAGUGACAUCAACGCCAUCUCUUUCUUCCCCAGUGGAAACGCCGUCAUCACAGGCUCCGACGACUGCAGCUGUAAGAUGUACGACCUGCGCGCCGACCAGGAAGUGACCGGUUAUCAGGACACCAGCCUGAAUGCCGGCGUCACGUCUCUGGCUCUGUCCAACUCCGGCCGCCUCAUCUUCGCAGGCUACGACGACUUCAACUGUCACAUCUGGGACACGCUGAAGGGCGAGAAAGUGGGCGUUCUGUCCGGACAUGACAACAGAGUGAGCUGCACCGGCGUCCCUGAGGACGGCAUGGGCGUCUGCACAGGAUCCUGGGACAGUUUCCUCAAACUGUGGAACUGAGGCUGGAGGAAGAGGAGGAGGAGGAAGAGAUGCAGCUGUGUUAGCGCCGUCUUCUUCUUGCUCUCCUUAAAUGUAAAUGUUGAGCGCCUGUGAAUGAUAUCAAAUAAAAGCACCAGGUAAACGCUGAGCGAUGUGUUUUCAAUGUAAGAGACAGAGAGUUUUCAUACGUGGAGACAGAAAAGAAUCAAAUCACUUAAAAAUAUAGCACGUCAUUUUAUUCCAAAAGAAUUACUGAGCAGAAAACCAGCUCCAAUGUCAAUGAAACAAAGUGUGAAAAGUGUAGCAGCACAGAUUGAUUUUUAUUGUCUUUAUUGCACUUAUUUUAGACCAAAGAUUGACAUGUACAUUUAUUUCUAUUUUAGAGUUGAACACUUUAGGAUGAAGAGUUGAUGUACAGCGUCUUUAUUCCCCCCGUUUUUUUAAACACCGCGGCGGCCAUCUUGGGUCGCUCGCGCUGCAAACAAGAUGGCUGCUGCUGCUGUUUUUGGUGACUCAGCGUAAAUAAAAAGAGUGAUGAACAUGACAUUCUGUGGACUCUGUAAAAACCUGUAAAACUGUAUUUUACUCCCCAGGUUCAGCUGUGAUCAGUUUCUCUGUAAAAAAGACUAAGACAAAAAUCUUUAUAAUAAACAUAGAAUUCUGCAUCAACAAA